UUUACCAAGUCAGUCUUCACCAAGACCCCACAGGGAUGAACAGUUUCCCAUGGCUCUGUACUACAUCCUGGCUUUCUUUUUCCUCCUGGUUAUGGUAGUUGAAUGUUGGCAUGACUUGGAUAAUACUGAAUAUGACUGCUGGCCAAUAGCCGAUCCAAAUGAUUACAACAUGAUCAGCUGUGGUGGGUUAGAGAUGGCCUGGGUGCAGCGUCCUCCAGAGAAAGUCACCGACGGGGAAGAGUUUAAUGUCACCUAUUCUGUCACAGCCUCAGAUUCCUUUUAUGAAUAUGCUGUCAAAAACCGGAUCCUACACUUUAGUAAUGCUUCAGAGGCUAAAAGAUUUUGCUACGAACAUGAAUGUCCCUCUAACUGGAACAACGCCAAUGAGCAAAACUGCUGCGUGUAUCAUGCCAACAUCCACUCUUGUCCCCUUGCUCUUAUGAGAGGCAUUUGUGGUCCUUGGAUCCCAGAUGAUGGCGAGAUUGUCACUCAUACUGUUUCUAAAGCAGGCAAGAUGACUCAGCUUCUCUGGACCUCAAAGGUGGUGCUUGUGCACUUGGGAGUCACAUCAGUCAUUGCCCAUAUCAAGGUAGGACAGAUGCAUGCUGCACUGGAGGCCAAGGUCCUUGUCGUUAGUGCCCAAGUCUGUGGAGAUGACAUCUGUGAGUUAGACGAGAGCUGUCUCAACUGUCCUGCAGACUGUGGUGUCUGUCCUAUGGCCACGUCCAUCAAGGUUGCCAUUGGACUGCCAGUUGCCCUGAUCUGUACUGGCUUCAUCUUAACUGUAGUGUGGCUGCAAUAUCAGAAGCAGAAGAUGUUUUGGGAUGAGAGUUGGAUAAUCAAUUACAAUAAUAUAAUGUUUGGCAAAGCAUGCUACAUGGGCUUCUGUAGCACAACAAGUCUACAGCCAGUGAAGAGCAACUCCAGCAUCAGCCGGGCCACAGAUGUCACAGUGUGCACAGUGGUGAACACCAGCUUCAAGCCAGGCUUCAUUCAGCCAGGCAUCUAUGAUGGAAGGACUGUGGCUGUGAAACACAUCCAGAAGAAGCACUUCACGCUCUCCAAAACAAUCCGGAAAGAAGUGAAAGAAGUAAGGGAACUAGAUCAUCCAAAUCUGGCUAAGUUUAUUGGAGGCUCCAUCGAAGUCCCAUACAUUUGCAUCAUUACAGAAUAUUGUCCUAAAGGAAGCCUGGCUGAUGUUCUUUUGAAUGAAGAUAUUCCUAUCAACUGGGGCUUUCGCUUAUCAUUUGCCACUGAUAUCGCCCGUGGGAUGGCGUAUCUCCACCAACACAAAAUGUUCCAUGGACGACUUCAUUCUCGCAACUGUGUUGUUGACGAUCGCUGGGUCUGCAAAAUAUCAGACUAUGGUUUGAUGGCCUAUAGAAAAGAGGACUCAGAAGUACUAAGCAGCACCUUCCACUGUGGAGACCUCUGCCGCAUUUACUCUCCGCCUGAGGUUUUGUUGGGUAACACUAACACCAACACUGCUGCAGCUGAUGUGUACAGCUAUUCCAUUAUCUUGGUGGAGAUAGCCACACGCAGUGACCUUAUCUCACAGGCACAAACUGAACCUGUGAAGCUUGAUAUUAUGUGGCGUCCACCUCUUCCUGAACUGAAAGCUGGGAAAUCAGACAGCGACUGCCCUAAUCAAGUGGAGUACUGUGAGUUGAUUAAGAAGUGCUGGUCCCACAGUGUCACCACCAGGCCAACAUUUGAGCAGGUGAAAAAGAUGCUGGAUAAAAUGAACCCACACAAAGUCAGUCCUGUUGAUAUGAUGAUGAACCUGAUGGAAAAAUACAGUAAGCAUUUGGAGGCUAUAGUUGCUGAGAGAACCCAAGAUCUUCUCCAGGAGAAACAGAAGACAGACCGGCUGCUUUAUAGUAUGCUACCUAAACCAGUGGCUGAUGAUCUUAGACAAGGACGCACAGCGGAGGCACAAAGCUACGCUAGUGCUACUGUAUAUUUCAGUGACAUAGUGGGUUUUACUCAGCUCUCUGGCUCCAGCACCCCCCACCAGGUAGUAGAUUUCCUCAAUAAACUUUACACCACUUUUGACGACAUCAUUGACAACUAUGACGUGUACAAAGUGGAAACUAUUGGAGAUGCUUAUAUGGUAGUAUCUGGUGUACCAAAUGAGAAUGGCAUCAAUCAUGCAGGUGAAAUUGCCAGCAUGGCCCUGGAUUUGAUCAGCGUUUGCAAUGCGUUUAAAAUCCCACACAAGCCUACUACCCAGCUGAAGAUACGAGCUGGCAUACACUCAGGGCCUGUAGUGGCUGGAGUGGUUGGUACCAAAAUGCCACGCUACUGUUUAUUUGGAGACACUGUGAACACAGCAUCCCGCAUGGAGUCCACCAGUGAAGCUUUAAAGAUUCAGUGUAGUGAAUCUACAGCUGAUCUGCUGCACACUAUAGGAGGAUAUGUGCUGGUCUGCCGUGGCACUCUGAAUGUGAAGGGCAAAGGAGACAUGACAACGUGGUGGCUGGAAACAAAAAGGGGCCCCACAGAUCUACUUCAUGAUGAAGAGCCACAGAAAGGGCCUGUCCCAGUUAGCAACUAAGCACAAACUCCAUACAAGUUAUGUUCAUUGCCAUGUUCUGUAUUAGUAUGAGGAUUAUGUAAGGUAUUGUAGAUACAUAUUCUGAUCUGUAUGCAUGUGAUUUCCUGUUACAAACUGUGAGGUGAUGUUAGUGUAUUGGAAGUAACAAAGUAAUUGCAACAUUCUUGGAUUUGGCAACCUCUCUGGUAGAAAUAUUGCUUGAAGAAUGACGUUUUAUAAAGUCAGGGUGGCCAUGUGCAAACAGAGUGGGACUAGAACAAGGGAAUCUUAUCUUAUCUUAUCUUAUCUUAUCUUAUCUCCAUCAAUGUCCAUUUCCUAUCCCUACUAUUUUUUUUUUUAGCUUGAACAUGAUUUACACCACAGGAUAUAAUGGUGGUUGGCAUUUAUUACAUUGUCAUCAUACUGUAGGAGCCUAACCUUCUUGGUUGUGGUAUAAUGAUUGAUAUGUGGUACCUGCUGAUAAAUCUGAAAGCUCCAACUUUCAAUAACACUUUAAUGCUUUCCAGGGUGUCUUUCAGCAGCGUAAACACCAUGUUUUGUAGUUGUUGUCUUGUUAUAAUGAUAUUCAAUAUUAUUAAAAAUAUUAAUUAUUUAUUUUUCAAAAGGCACCUAUUCCAGCUUUUGGUCUUCUAAAAUGAGACACAUUUCUUAGUGUCAUUGUGCAUUUAGAAACAAUUUUCCAGCUUUCAAUGGUUGGGUUACAUUAUUUUGUAAAUAUCUGUGAUUGUUUACAAUUUGCCUGUUGGUUAACUGUAAUGUUAAGUAUUGUACUA